AUGGGAAAACGCCGCGAGGAUGUCUUCGGGGCGAUUCGGGAGGCUUGUCGCGAUCGAAUUUUGCUGAUUGAUGGCGCAAUGGGAACGAUGAUACAGAGGAGAUAUUUGGAGGAGAAAGAUUUCAGGGCACAGAUCCUCGAAAACCACCAUAAGCCACUAAAAGGCAACAAUGAUCUUCUGUCAAUCACGAGACCUGAUGUCAUUUAUGAGAUUCACCGCGAGUACCUCGAAGCCGGAGCUGAUAUCAUUGAGACGAACACUUUCUCGGGUACAACUAUUGCACAGGCUGACUACGAAUGCGAGCAUUUAGUCGACGAUAUCAACAUUGAGAGCGCAAGAAUGGCAAAGAAAGCAUGCGAUGAUGUGCAGAGGGAGACCGGUGUCCGUCGUUUCGUGGCCGGUGCCAUGGGUCCCACUAAUAAAACUCUUUCAAUUUCGCCGUCUGUUGAAAAGCCCGAAUACCGAAAUAUUACUUUUCAAGAGUUGGUCAAAGCAUAUGCUCAGCAAGCUCGAGCGCUUAUUAAGGGUGGUGUCGACGUGUUGCUAGUGGAAACAGUGUUCGAUUCGGCGAACGCGAAAGCGGCACUCUUUGCGAUAAGAAUGAUUUUCGAGGAUGAGGGGAUCGAGGAGAUUCCCGUGUUUCUCUCGGGUACGAUCGUCGAUCUCUCGGGGAGAACAUUGUCCGGGCAAACUGGCGAGGCUUUCCUCAUCUCCACGAAACAAGGUCAAUCCAUAGCUGUCGGUCUAAAUUGUGCGCUUGGUGCUCGGGAGAUGCGCCCGUUUAUCGAGGCAAUGUCCAACUUCAGCGAGUCGUUGAUUAUUUGUUAUCCGAAUGCCGGUCUUCCAAACGCGCUCGGUGGCUACGAUGAGACUCCUGAAAUGAUGGCCGAUGAUAUUAAAACGUUUGCAAAAGACGGUUUGGUGAAUAUUGUCGGCGGUUGUUGUGGGACGACACCAGAUCACAUUCGAGCUUUCAAAAAAGUGAUUGAUGGAGUGACACCAAGGUGUCCGGCAAUCAAUCAACACUCCGAAUUUAUGCUGUUAGCCGGGUUGGAACCGAUGAAAAUCGGAGCGCAAACGAAUUUCGUGAACAUUGGGGAGAGGUGUAAUGUGGCCGGAUCACGGAAAUUCUGUCGUCUUGUCAAGGACGAGAAAUAUGAGGAAGCGCUAGAUGUGGCGCGGGUCCAGGUCGAGAAUGGGGCUCAGAUUCUAGACGUGAACAUGGACGAUGGGCUUCUGGAUGGGCCGUACGCAAUGGGGAAAUUCUUGCGGUUGAUCGCCUCGGAGCCGGAUAUUGCAAGGGUUCCAGUCUGCAUCGACUCCUCUGACUUUAACGUGAUGAUCGCUGGCCUCGAGGCUUGUCAAGGGAAAUGUAUUGUCAACUCGAUCUCGCUGAAAGAAGGAGAAGAGGCUUUCAUCGACAAGGCUCGUUUAAUUAAACGCUACGGUGCGGCGGUUGUUGUAAUGGCUUUCGAUGAGAAGGGACAAGCCGCUGACAUGCAACCGAAAUUCGAUAUUUGCGAGCGCAGUUAUAGAAUUCUCACGGAAAUCGUCGGCUUUGAUCCAUCGGAUAUCGUCUUUGAUCCAAAUAUUCUAACGAUUGCCACUGGAAUGACUGAGCACAACGAUUAUGCAAUCAAUUUCAUUGAGGCCACGCGAAUGAUCAAGGAGAAUCUCCCUGGUUGUCGUAUCUCAGGCGGCGUCUCAAAUAUCUCAUUCUCUUUCCGUGGAAUGGAAGCCGUUCGAGAAGCCAUGCACAGUGUUUUCUUGUACCACGCGAUCCGAGCUGGCCUCGAUAUGGGCAUUGUGAACGCGGGUGCUUUGCCCGUCUACGAGGAUAUUGAUAAGGAUUUACUCAAAUUAUGUGAGGAUUUGAUCUUCAAUCGAGAUCCGGAUGCGACAGAGAAAAUGCUAGCAAUGGCGCAGAGUUUAGUAAAAGGAGAGAAAAAGGACGAUGGACAGGCGCUAGCCUGGCGAAACGAGAGUGUUGAGGAGCGGCUGAAGUACGCACUCGUUAAGGGAAUCGACACUCAUGUGGUCGAGGACACCGAAGAGGCUCGACAAAAUAAACAACGAUAUCCAAGGCCAUUAAAUGUGAUCGAGCAACCGCUGAUGGCCGGGAUGAGUAUCGUCGGCGAGCUGUUCGGAUCGGGGAAAAUGUUCUUGCCACAAGUAAUCAAAUCGGCUCGAGUGAUGAAAAAAGCAGUCGGACAUUUGAUUCCAUUUAUGGACGCGGAAAGAGAAGCCAGAUUGAAAGAAAUGAAUUUGAUUGAUGAUGAGAGUCCCUACCAAGGGACCAUGGUUUUAGCAACGGUGAAGGGUGAUGUGCAUGAUAUUGGAAAGAAUAUCGUUGCCGUUGUGCUUGGAUGUAAUAAUUUCAAGGUAAUUGAUUUGGGUGUGAUGACACCGUGUGAGAAGAUUAUUCAAACGGCCAUCGACGAGAAAGCUGAUUUUAUUGGUUUAUCUGGUUUAAUCACUCCAUCACUUGAUGAGAUGGUUCAUGUGGCAAAAGAAAUGAAUCGACGAGGGUUAAAGGUUCCUUUGUUGAUUGGAGGAGCAACAACUUCAAAAACGCAUACAGCUGUGAAGAUCUCUCCUCGAUACUCCCAUCCAGUCAUUCAUUGUCUCGACGCAUCGAAGAGUGUUGUUGCUUGCUCAGCCCUUGUCGACCAGAAAGUUCGUGAGGUUUUCCUCGCCGAUAUCGAUGAUGAUUAUGUGAUUGUUCGAGAAGAACAUUAUGAGGGAUUAAAGGAAAGACGAUUUACGUCAUUGAUCGAAUCGCGAACGAAGAGUUUGAAGAAUGACUGGAAAAUCUUUGAGCCACUAAAACCAAGCUUUUUGGGGACGAAGAAUUUCUUGGAUAUUGAUCUUGAAGAGGUAAUCCCAUUCAUCGACUGGAAACCCUUCUUCGACGUUUGGCAACUACGCGGAAAGUAUCCGAAUCGCGGUUACCCUCGAAUCUUUAAUGACGCCGACGUGGGAUCGGAGGCAAAGAAAGUCUUUGAGGAUGCAAAAAGUUUGCUGAAGAAAAUGAUCACAGAGAAAUCGUUGCGGGCAAACGCGGUCAUCGCUUUCUACGAGUGUGCAUCCGAGGGUGACGAUUUGUGGUUAUUUGAGAAUGGUGCCAAGAAAGAGAUCCUCUACGGACUUCGACAGCAAUCCGGUCGUGAACACGAUCAACCGCAUCUGUGCUUGGCUGAUUUUGUCGCACCACUCGAUGGGGGUAAACCCAAGGACUACAUUGGAAUGUUCGCAUGCACAGCCGGGUUGGGUGCCGAGGCAUUGUGCGCAAAGUUCGAGGCGGAAAGUGAUGACUACAACAGUAUCAUGGUUAAGGCUUUAGCCGAUCGUUGCGCCGAGGCAUUGGCUGAGUGUUUGCACAGACGGAUCCGCGUCGAGUUGUGGGGUUACAGCAAAGAGGAAACUCUAUCGCAUGAUGAUCUCCUUUCGAUCAAAUAUCGUGGAAUUCGACCAGCACCCGGAUAUCCAACACAACCGGAUCACACGGAAAAGCGUACUCUCUGGCGACUCCUUGGCGAGUGUAAAGAUGCGCAAAUCGGGUUGACGGAUUCUCUUGCAAUGACCCCAGCAGCUUCAGUCUCUGCUUUGUGUUUCUCUCAUCCAAACAGCCAAUAUUUCGCCGUCGGCAAGAUCAAUAAGGAUCAGGUAGAGGACUACUCAUCCCGGAAGAAUCAAAGCAUUGAGGAGACUGAGCGUUGGUUGGCACCGAUUCUUGGAUAUGAAAAUGAU